AUGACUUCUUCUACUUCUUCUUCCUCUAUGGAAAAAGCGGUUCCAACUCAGGAAAAUAUACCACUUCAAAGUGUUUCAUCCCAAGUCCCAAAAAUUCAUGAAAUCUAUUCUGACAGAGAUUUUAUUACCUUAGGUAACCAAACUUUUAGACGUUCUGACUUUUUGGAAGCACUAGGUUCAGACGAUGAAUACCUAUAUGAAUCGAAAGCUAGACGUCAACCAAGAAAAUUAGCUAACCCAGUUCCACUAGGUCUAGCUUCCUUCUCCCUUUCCUGUUUAGUCCUUUCCUUAAUUAACGCCAAUGUUCGUGGUGUUACCAAUAACAAACUAGCAAUCAGUUUAUACAUGUUCUUCGGUGGUGCUAUCGAAUUAUUUGCUGGGUUAUUGUGUUUUGUUACUGGUGACACAUUUUCAAUGACCGUCUUCAGUUCUUUCGGUGGGUUCUGGAUUAGUUGGGGUUGUAUUAAUACAGAUCAAUUUCAUAGUAUAACAGGAUAUGGUGAUGAUACAAGGAUGUUAAAUAAUGCAAUCGGUUUCUUCUUAGCUGCAUGGACCGUUUUCACAUUCCUUAUGUUAAUGUGUACUUUGAAGAGUUCAUGGGGCCUGUUCCUAUUGCUAUUAUUCUUAGAUUUAACUUUCUUACUUCUAUGCAUUGGUUCAUUCAUUGAUAAUAAUAACGUCAAGAUGGCCGGUGGUUACUUUGGUAUCUUAAGUAGUUGCUGUGGAUGGUAUUCGUUAUAUUGUAUGGUAGUUGAUCCAAGUAACUCAUAUUUCGCUUUCAAUGCUCACAUGAUGCCAAACGCACCAACUGUUUAA